AUGAACUAUUACACCAACCCGGCUCCUGUAUGUACGCCGCUAGCGUCUGCUGCACGACAAACGAUGGCUGUUACGGUCCCUGCCAAACGUGGCUACGUUGUCAGUGCUGCUCCGCCGGGCUCGAGGAUCCACGGACAGCAAGCUCUUUCGCCUGAACAUGUCACUUUCCAGCGAGUCGACCCUCGCUUGGUCUUUGCUGUCCCGCCUCCCUCUCAAACACUGCCGACUCCCCCAUCCGCAGAAUCACAAGAUGCGAAGAGGCGGCGAUUCAAUGGCAACGGCGUUUAUCUGCCAGCUCGUGAAGUUUAUCCUGAAGCAUCAUACUCUUAUGCCCAUUCCCCCACCACCGGUGGUGUAUAUGCCCGUCAAGAAGUCCUGCAGCACCCCCAACAGAUCCCCAUCCAACAUGUCCAAGUUGCCAAUCCGCAGAUGGUGUCACCUCCUCGAGCAGCAUACCCUCGCCCACCACAGCUGCAACCUAUACGACCACCCCCUCCUCAUCAGAGAAACCGACCGAGUGUAGCUUUGCCUCCAAUAGAGACAAUGGUUACGCAGACUCCAGUCAAGACGCCGUCCACGCAAUCUCAGAGUUCUGGAGUCGAAGCCAUGAUUAUGUCCAUCCCAGUGUUGAACAAAAUCAAAGUCCUCUCUCAGAUCUCGGGUCCGUUGCCGGCACCAGGUCUCACAUCUCCUAAACCAGAAGUUCGAGGGGCCAUUAUUGCCGUUGAGGGCAUGGACGCUGCCAGUGUCGAGAGCAUGACCAACUCUCUUGCUGAGCAGUUAGAGAAGGAGGGCAAGUUUGCCGUGAGGAUAUUUGGAGGACCAGAUCCAUACUCUACGAUGCGUGACGCAAAGGCCGUUCACGGUGGAGGGAAGAAGAGAGGCAUGACCCCAGAUGCGUAUUUGGACAUAAUGAGUCAGUGGCACAAAAUCAACAAGGACAUGGUCGAGUAUAUUACUUCGAGGCCUGGGUCUGGAUCGCAGUCAUACCCCAUUGUGCUCGACCAGCACGACGAGGACCAUCCUAUGGCUGAAGCGGAAGAUCACCAUCAGCCACCGAUGCCGUCUGAGGGAAGCCUACAUGAAGGAAACGCAUCUCAAUCAUCUAGUGCGAUACAGGAAGGGAGGACAGACCAGCUUGACUCAGCAAUUUCACCCAAGACCCUCAGCAAGGCUGCAGAUAUGUCCAUCAACUCGCCUUUCGUCAACCCGGUCGGACAUAAGGGCAGGAGCCAGAGUACACCGGGCAUGUGGGCUAACAAAGGAUUGACACCAAGCGAGUUGGACUCGCGAGCAACACAAUCGCUGCUGACCUUCCCACGCCCUCUUAACUCGAAGCGCAUUCCCCCUCCACCAAGCACACCUCCGCCAUGCACGCCUCCGCCUCCGGCCGCAGCCAGUCUGUCACGAAUUCCACCUCCUCUGCCAGCAUCUUCGGUGCCUCGUCCAGCAUCUGUUCAGCCACUGCCAACUGCAACCCCCCCUUCGCCAACCUCUUGCACCAAUCCCAGCGGAGCCAUACCUAUUGCUAUCGUUCCACAUUUCCAACUGACCACUGUCGAUGCGAGCUCCAUCAGUAUGCCUAUAAACGACGGCUUCUCCCCGCCCGCUCACUGGCAGUGGUUCGCCACACUGUGGCGAGGAAGCAUUGGACCAGACGUCACUAUCAUUAUAAGAGGCGUAGAUGAAGAGCCUGCGGACGGUGUGGACGUUGUCAAACAGAUACCAAUACAAGGUACCCAUGCCAGUGUCGCGAGCGGCGCUCAUGGAAACACGGGCGUUAGCAGGGAUAGAUUGUCAAGCGUGGCUUCAUCGCAAUCCCAUACUGGAGGAACAGGAGUAGAGAUUCGAUUGCAAGACUCUAGGGCGGUGAUCGUGAAGACUGGUAUAGCAGGAGUCAACACCUCGUUGGCAGCUGGUGAAGAUCCGAAGGGGACAAACAAGACACUAACAGCGGCACAGCAGGCCAAGGAGAUGGAAAAUUGGGACAAGGCGAAGAGGAGGGUUGGCUUUGAGGUGGAAGAAUUCUUGCGAAGAUAA